CUCAGGCAUGUACACUGCAAUUGAACACCAACCUUCGAAAAUGAAGCAAGCAUACGCAACAUGCUCUGUCGGUGAUUUCCUGAUAUUAAUGCCGAUGAUCCCUGACGUCAUGACCUAUAUGGACUGAUGUUGGAUUGAUUCAAAGCCUCGCAUUUAUCGUCUUGCGCCUACAAAACCCACCGCGAUUGCUUCAAGCGAAGCGUUGCAAGAUAUCCAUCAUCAAACUUACAAGUAGCCUUGCUGUCGAAACCCGACCCCCUUGAGGAGUGACAAGGUUGACUAUACUCGGACGACGGAGACGUGGAUGCGUUGCGCCUGGCCUUCCAAAUCAGCGAACGGUAAAAAUGAGCGCAGAGGGCAAUACCCAGGACCCUCGCUCGGAGGCGUCCAAGAAGCGCGAUCUCAUCGCACGCGGUGACCACACCCCAACGCCUGCUGGCAAAGUGACUUUCUUCAUACUUCGCGGCCUCGAACCAUUCCUUCAGUACUCGACCCUCGCACAUGGACUCGGAACGUCCGCCUUCCACCGCUUGGGGCUACGGACGCUGCCUCCUGGGCCCCCUUCACAUACAGGCAUUGCUCUCAUCGAUGGCUUAGGGCUGUCACCGUACAGAUUGGUGCUAUUGGGCAUGUCGAUUGGCGCUGCCGUCAAGCAGAAUAUAUGGGUCAGCGCAUUGUCAGGAGAGCCAAUGCCUGUUGGAGGUGCUGUCGCUGUUGGUGCUUUUAACGCCUUCUUCAACAGUGUGAGCACCUAUGCUUUCCUGCUCACUGCGACAUCAGCCUCGACCAGGUCGAACUUCCCCCAGCCAGCCCUUAUAAUCGGUAGCUCAUUGUAUGUUGUCGGUAUCCUUACUGAGCUUAUGGCCGAGAUCCAACGCAAACGCUUCAAGUCAGACCCGAGGAACAAAGGCAAGGCCUAUACUGGGGGCUUAUGGCAAUUUGCUCGACACAUCAAUUAUGGUGGAUACACGCUAUGGCGCGCUGGAUAUGCUAUGGCGGGUGGUGGUUUCAUGCUUGGUGCAGUGGUUGGCGCUUUCUUUUUGACCGAUUUCGCAGCUCGCGCUGUCCCAAUUUUGAACGAAUAUUGCGAAAUCCGCUACGGUGCAGCGUGGGAAAAGUUCAAGAGAGACACACCUUAUCGCCUGAUUCCUUAUGUCUACUAGUCAUGAGCGCAUACGGAAAUGGACAUGUCAUUAGAGAUGCCUGAACUCGGAAAUUUCACGUCCGACUCUCCUCAAAUACAUCUGACCCUCUCACAGC